UCAAAGCCAUGAGGCACCAAAACCAAACCUCCUCUCUCCCACUUUGUUAUCCGCUGUCCACUGGGCCGCCACUUUUGUUGAUGUGCUGCGCCGUAAGCUUCUGCUCCUCCGCUACGAUGCAAAACUCGACCUGAAAUGCGCAAUGGAAAAAUCCUUUCUUUGACUCUCCUUGGAACAUCCUCCGAACUCGUAAAUAUCCUCCUCGUCGCAUCCCUCUCUAAAACCCUCUCCGUGUUGGGUACUCGAAACCUCGAUGGUGAUUCCAUUCAACUCUCCGAAUCUCUCGUCCUCCAAAUUCUCCGGCGGAACUCCCUCGACACCUCCAAGAAGGUCGAUUUCUUCAGAUGGGCUUCUCUCAGACCCGGUUACAAACAUUCUUCGAACACUUACUCACAAGUCUUCCACGCCAUCUGUCGAGCUGGGUGCCUCGACGAACUCCCACCUCUUUUGCGUUUGAUGAAGGAAGAUGGUGUUGUUGUUGACUCUGCCACUUUCAAGCUGCUGCUUGAUGCGUAUAUCCGAUCGGGUAAGUUCGAUUCGGCUCUUGAUAUACUGGACGACAUGGAAGAACUAGGAACUAGCUUGAAUCCCCACAUGUAUAAUUCUGUUGUUGUUGCUCUGGUUAGGAAAAACCAAGUGGACCUGGCUCUUUCCAUGUUUUACAAGCUUCUAGAGGCUUUAAAUGACGAUGGGGCCAUUGUUCCUAAUCCUAUUGCCUGUAAUGAGCUGCUUAUUGCUCUGAGAAAGGCUGAUAAGAGGGUGGAAUUCAGAAAGGUCUUCGAAAAAGUGAGAGAGAAGAGUGGGUUUGUGAUGGAUACACGGGGUUAUAAUAUUUGCAUUCAUGCAUUUGGCUGUUGGGGUGAUUUGGGCACUUCUCUGGAACUCUUUAAAGAGAUGAAGGAGAAGGCUUUGAGUUCAGGUUCCCCCAGCCCAGAUUUGUGCACGUAUAAUAGCCUAAUUCGUGUGAUGUGCUUGGUUGGGAAAGUGAAGGAUGCCUUGAUUGUUUUUGAGGAGUUGAAAGGAUCCGGGCAUGAGCCUGAUGCUUUCACGUAUAGGAUUCUCAUCCAAGGGUGUUGCAAAUCGUAUAGAGUAGAUGAUGCAACCAAGAUUUUCUGUGAGAUGCAGUACAACAGUUUCCGGCCUGAUACUGUUGUUUAUAAUUCCCUCCUUGAUGGGCUGUUCAAGGCGAGGAGAUUGACAGAAGCCUGCCAACUCUUCGAGAAGAUGAUGCAGGAUGGUGUCAGGGCUUCGUGUUGGUCUUACAAUAUUCUCAUAGAUGGUUUAUUUAAAAAUGGAAGAGCUGCAGCCGGUUAUACACUUUUUUGUGACUUGAAGAAGAAGGGACAGCUUGUGGAUGGUGUCACUUACAGUAUUGUCGUGCAGCAUCUCUGUAAGGAGGACCAGCUUGAGGGAGCAUUUGAUCUAGUAUCAGAAAUGGAAGCCAGAGGCUAUGUUGUCGAUCUUGUCACGAUAUCAUCUUUGUUGAUUAGUCUCCAUAAGCAUGGUAGGGCAGACAAACUCCUGAAGCAUAUUAGGGAUGGUACACUGGUGCCUAAUGUUAUUGGGUGGAUAGACAAUAUGGAGGCUUCUAUAAGAGACCCAAAAACCAGGAAAAAGGAUUUUACAUCUAUGUUCUCAUCCAAAACUGAUGUAACUGAGAUCCUAGGGUUGACAACUUCAUCUCCUGAUGAUCCUGCUGGUUCCUGUGUUGAUGCCACAGAUGGGGGUGGUCAAGGUGUGGAGAAUCCUUAUGUUAUUACUGAUCAGUGGUCUUCGUCCCCUUACAUGGAUAAACUUGCCAAUGAAAUGAAGGCUGCCAAUCAGUCUUUUUUAUCUUUUUCAGUGUCCAGGGGGCAAAGAGUGCUGGAGAGUGGGAUUGGAUCUUUCGAUAUUGAUAUGAUCAAUACAUACCUGUCAAUCUAUUUAGCCAAGGGAAAUUUGAGCUUAGCUUGUAAGUUGUUUGAGAUCUUCACUGAAAUGGGUGUUAACCCUGUGAAUUACUCUUAUAAUUCUAUGAUGAGUUCAUUUGUGAAAAAGGGUUAUUUUAACGAGGCUUGGAGUGUUCUUCACGAAAUGGGAGAGAAGCUUUGCCCAGCUGACAUCGCAACAUAUAAUGUAAUAAUUCAAGGCUUGGGGAAGAUGGGAAGAGCAGAUCUUGCUAUUGCUGUUCUUGAUCAGCUGAUGAACCAUGGUGGUUAUCUUGACAUUGUGAUGUACAACACAUUGAUACAUGCACUAGGUAGGGCUGGUCGGAUUGAUGAAGCAAACAAUUUGUUUGAGCAGAUGAAGACAAGUGGGAUUAAUCCUGAUGUUGUUACUUUUAAUACACUCAUUGAAGUUCAUAGCAAGGCUGGUCAAGUUAAGGAAGCAUAUAGGUUUUUGAAAAUGAUGUUGGAUGCAGGCUGCUCCCCCAAUCAUGUCACUGACACAACUCUGGAUUUCUUGGAGAAGGAAAUUGAGAAAAUUAGAUAUGCAAAGGCAUCGAUCAAGCGACACAGCAACGGGGAAAAUGGUACUUAAUGGUCAGGUUUUUAAAGUUUGUCCAUAACGUUGGUUCAUGAAGAACCAAGGACAUUUGUGUCUCACAGCUGACUAUCCUUGAGGGAUGGAUUAAAAUCCCCUUCCUUGAAUGCUGUUUACUCAUAGUUCUACUGCUGCUAAAGCAGCCACCAGAUUAAUUUAUUCAUUGGGAAAGUAUCAGACAAAGAAAGACAUACUGACGGUUGUACAGGGUUCCAUAAUGACUUGGAUUAGUGCAACUUCUUUAAAGUGUUGUUGAUUUGUAAUUCAUUGUUGAUUGCAAACAUGAAGAACAGUGGGUUAUAGAACUAUAGAAGUAAAGUGGAGGUCCUGAUAUGGAAAAGCAUCUGACGUUCUUCAUUGGAAGUAUGCAAUGAGCAUUUCCCAGCUAAUUCAAUGUGUUUUGUCCA